AUGCUGCUCUGUAAAUCAGUUAGCGUGUGGCUUCAGGCCGCUAAGCCAAGUUGUUUGCACUUUUGGCCACAGACCCGUUUUCCUCACUAUUUUCUCUUGAGAAUAUUGGCCGUACCUUCCUCCAUUCUCUCUGCCCUGCUCCCUGUGCCUCCCUCCCGCUCAGCAUCUCCUGGCGGCUCCUGCUUUCUCCUCUCCGGUGCUGCUUCCCGCUCGCGCUCUCUUUCUCCUCCUUUCCCCAGCCCUCUCUUCCUCUCCCAUCCCCUUCCCUCUCUGCUUCUCCCUCCUCCCCUUUCCUUCGUGGCUUCCCCCUCUGUCCUCCAGCCCUCAUCCCUUCACAAGCCCCCUCUCCCUGCUGCAAUGCCCGGCUCCCCUCCCCUUCCCAGCCGCCGUCCAGCUCCCCGAGGCCCGGCCCGGCCGCCGUUUCCCGGUCCCCCCAGGGCAGCCCUGCCCGCGGGAGAGGGAUGGGGAACGCGGCUGGCGGCUCUCUCCGCGCCCGCCGCCGCCGCUGUAGUGCCGAGCUGCCGUCUCACGAGGCUGCCAGUCCGCAGCGUGGAUUUUACCCGAGGUACCGAUAACAUCACCGUGAGGCAAGGGGACACAGCCAUCCUCAG